AUGGCAGGAGGGGACAAUGGAUCCAGUAGCAGGGCAAGCUCAGAGUACUCGAGCGAAGAGGAGUCACCUGACUAUGGGCUCAUCUUCAAGCACUUCAGAGAAAAUAAGGUGGAAAUCGCAAGCGCCAUCACAAGGCCUUUUCCUUUUCUUAUGAGCCUCCGAGACCGUGGCUACAUCUCUGAGCAGAAGUUCCGGACUUGUCAACAAAGUUGUGAAAACCUGAUCCCACCGGAAAGAGUAGUGUAUGACAUCCUCAGUGACCUACAGAAUGAGUUCAGCCUAUCACUUCUCAAGGUGAUAUUCUGCGCGACGCAUCUGAAGGCCUACCCAGACUUAAAGGAGACCCUAAGAAACUUCCCAGGUGGGUCCAACAAUCACAGGGCUCCUCAGAGGAUAAAUGGAAGAGAUGCUGAUGAGAGGCCCAGACUGCCAGCAGUUGUUACAGAAGCAUCCUGUAGCCCUGGAAAUUCCCAAAUGAAUGACGAACAGGCAGAGGAGGUACCUAGCCUCCCACAAUGCAGCAGAGGUGAGUGAGCCUUUACUUGCCAGUCAGCUAAGGGAAGUAGUUCUCAUGAACAAAUGUUUGAUAGACAAGAGCCCCACGAUGACACACUCUCUUCACCACCGAGACCUGAAGCAGGAUCCACGGACAGCAAUGCUUUAGUUAGGGUGACUAGCCAGAAUGCUCACUCACCGGGUGAAGAACAAAAGGGGCUAGAAGAGCUUGCUUCAAGCCUGCUGUUCCAUGACAGAGAAGGAGCAGAGCGAUCCACAAGUGAAAAUGAGAUGUGCUCCUGUGUCAUGUGUUCCCCCGCAUUCGUGCCAGAGGACCCAGAAGCAAGGAUGAGAAGCAGCCAAACAGAUACCGUGGAGACUGGGAACAACACUACUGUAAGAAAAUCCAGGGGGAAGAGAAGAAAGAAGAAAGGUCACAACUGGUCAAGAAUAAAACGGAGAAGGCCACAAGCUGUACGGCCAAAUAUUGGUCGCCAGGCAGCUGUCAGGAGAAAGAAAACAGAAAAGAAUCCAGGCCGUUCCGCCAAGACCAGGGUUCCAAGAAGGCGCAGAACUGAAAAUGCAGAUUUCAGUGCUGAGCUGCUUCCUGUGACCUGUGGUGACGCGAAGGGAACAUUACACAAGGACAGAUUCAAGCAAGGGACCUCCAUAAAGUCCAUACAGAGUGAAGCUGGGGACUGGUACACACCUACUGAGUUUGAAAUCUUGGGAGGCCUUGGACGAUCAAAGAACUGGAAAUUGAGUGUGCGCAGCUACAAUUGGCCCCUGAAAUUGCUGAUCCAGAGAAAAUUUCUCCCCAAUUCUCCACGAAUUUAUGGCAAGAGAAAAAAGCAGAGAACACAGGAUUUGUCUAGUGCCCCAGCUAACUCUCAGAACUCAGAUGAAUGUGAAGUGUGCAGGAAUGGAGGAAUGCUCUUCUGCUGUGACACUUGCUCCAGAGCCUUCCAUGAAGAGUGUCACAUCCCCACGGUGGAGGCUGAGAUGACACCAUGGAGUUGCAUCUUCUGCAGGAUGCAGUCCUUAGGAAGCCAACAAACUCAUCCGGAAUCUGAGGUACUGCAGAGGCGGAUGGCGCCCCAGGAGCAAUUGAAGUGUGAGUUUGUCCUCUUGAGAGUCUAUUGCUGUUCCGAGAGUUCCUUUUUUUCCAAGAUGCCAUAUUAUUAUUACUUCAAAGAGACGUCUGAGGUUGUGCAGAAAGCUAUGUGGUUGGACAUCAUCAAGAAAAAACUGAGAGAGAGAGGUUACUCCCAUGUGGAAGAGUUUGCGCAAGACAUGAGGCUCAUCUUCCACAAUCACAGGACCACGUUCAAGGACCUCAACUUUGGUGAAAUGGGACUUAGACUGGAGUCUGAGUUUGAGAAGAAUUUCAAGGAAGUGUUUGCUAUUCAGGACACAAAUGAAAGCAGUUGACUGAUGUCACAGAUGCUGCUGCUGUCCUGGCGCCAUGUCCUUUUCUGGCCAGGUCUUCCCAUCUGCAGCAGUGAACGUUCUUUACUGAUGCCAUCAUCUCCAAGGGAUUCUCUGGGAUCACACGCAGACAGCUGCAACUGGGAGUCACACCUCCAGGUCUUGUGGUCCAUCCCCCUGCCUCCAACUGGAAUAAAGGGUGUGCUAGGUUGCUGCUCUCUGCUCCU